AUGUAUAGGGAAAGAGGUCUUAACUUCACUAAUGUCAUAAUCUCAGAUCAGGGCCUUACCGUGACCUAUUCAGACGGACACCCUUCUCGGUGGCCAAGUAAGACCCGUCCUGUUCCAGAUCCCGAGAAUGGUGAUGUCAUAUACUACCGACCUAUUGCCUCGGAGGAAUCGAAAACUGAUUUGUACCUGGUCAAAGCAGGCGGAGCUCUCGCCAAGGCUAUAGAAGAAACUUCGAGUUUGACCGUUCCGAAACGUAGCAGUAUUUCAAGGUUUCGUUCACCUCACGAGUUCGAAGAACAUCUGAUAUGGAUGGCAUCAGAUAAGACUAGUCGGUGCAUAUGCAAAUACUGUAGUCCUUUCGGGUAUGAACCGUCGCCACGUAGACAGAACAAUAUAAACUCGAGUAAUACGAAUUCAAUCAACUCUCAUGGGAAUGCUACAUCGGGAUCGAGCGGAAGAUCUCUUGCAUCUAGAAUUGUAACUGUUUCUGAAAGGAAUAGUAUCUCUCCAGUUGUAACUCGAGGGCCUGUUUUUGAAUCAAAAUCCAGUUCGUCGAACAAUGAAGACAUAAAAUUAUUUGAUAAUGUUAAUAAUAGGUUUAGACGUGGUGAGGUGGUGUGGGUUGAUAUUGAUUAUUUCUUAACUCCGGUUCAGCGGCGACAAUUAGUCAUCCAGGUUGGGGAUGAUCGGAUAAAAUAUUGGCCAGCGGCUGUGGUGAAUCAUAAGAAGGCUCCGUACGUUAAUGAUCCUUCGGUGCGAAUUUCGCAAGAGUCAAUAACUCUAUAUCACCUACAGGUAUUAAUGAUCGGAGAUAUCACGGACCUGCGACAGAAAGCAAUUUUACCGUGGCACAAUCUUGAUCCUCACGGUAUUAUUCGAGAUUUUGAUGAGCUAAAAUACACCGCACGGGAUGAAUUGGUGGUCAAGUUUAUUGAAGCGGUAAAUAAUGCGAUGCGGGCGGCUAUGACAUAUACACCGCUGAUAAAAGAUGAUUCUCCUGCUUCUGUUGUAAGCUCGGCCGCAAAUGAAUCAGAAAGGAAAUAUCAUCAACGACUGAAAUCAUUUUCUCAUUAUAAAGCAAUGUUAUUUGGCCCCGAAUUUUUUAAAAAACAUGAUUUUAUUCGGAUCAAACGUUCCGACGAAAGAGAUUCGCGGGUCAAGGAAGAACAACCUAUUUUUAGAAUUAAAAGAAUUUACAAGGACGACAAGAAACAUUUUAAAAUGAUGGGCGACAUUUAUAUAAAAAUGCCAAAAGACGAUGGUGGUGUGAAGCUAGUCAAAAUGAAUGAUAACGACCCAGAUUAUAACAUUGAUAUCGCACAGAUAGCUGGCCGGUUUUAUACUCUUUACCCAAAUACCGUGUGCAAUACUAAAGUCAAGGAACAAAUAGAUUUACACGACAGGGUGUCAAUCUUGAAAAAAGAACAUUCAUCAUCAUUGGAAAUUCAGCGACAGCAAACAGCUAAUCGUGCGAUCCCAUUUGACGAUAAUUCUGCGUUACAGAUAAAUGAAGAAAGUACGGAUCAUUACGGUCUUAUGGACGCUUUACCUAUCAUUGUUAAGGAGGAAGAAACCGAGGAUAUGAAAUUCCUUACAUCUUUGAUCGCCGUCAAGGAAGAAAAUAACGACGAUAUGAUGGAUAUUAAUUAA